AUGGAAAAACCUAAAUUGGAAAAAAUUUACUUCAACAAUGCCCCUGAAUUGAAAUAGUUUACUUUUGGGGGAAGCAAAGAUGAAGCAUAUUAGCAUAAAUAGAGAUUUAUAAGUAAUACUCUGAAGUCAUCUGCUGCCAGUUCAUCAUAUAAGAAACGGUAGGGGUAUUCUUUUGACUAUAAACCUACUUUAAAUCCAGGGUAAAAACCAAAUCUUAAGUUUCCAAGCUAGAAAAUAAGUCCCAGAGCUGCUACAAAUAGCAAGCAAUCUUAAUAAAUAACGAGAGUAAGCACUCAUCAGGGAGAUGCAUUUGAUAUUAACUCAAGCAGGAAGAUCAAGAGAAAAAUUCACAGUUCUAUGGAUUUUGACUCAAACUUUGAUUCAAGCAAGCAAUCUCUGCAUAAAAAAUAAUCAAAUCAGGAAAGCAAGGGCAGAGCAGUAACAAUACUUGAGCAUGAUGAAUCACACUAAUCUUUAGAGGAAUCUGAUUAAAAUCUAAAGAGAAGUAGAAAAUUUAGCCAGCAGGAAUAAAAAUAAUUAAAUAGUGCUGGUAAAUUGAAUUACUCAUAACUUCGAAGCAACCAUAAUGGCAGUAGCAAUAAUAAUGGAGGAGAGGAUUCUUAAGGCAAAUAGCUAUAGAGAUUAGAUACAGAUAGGCAGAACUCUUAAAGAUCUAAGAGUAAUUAAGAUUAGGGUUAAUUUGUGACUUCUCCAAAGUUAAGGCUGAAACCCAAAUACUUUAGAAGGAGAAAGCAAGCAGUAAAUAAGAGUGCUAAUCACACACAUAAUAAUACAAAUCAAUUCAGUAAUAUAAAUGAGAUAGUUGAUAGUAGCAGCAUGGAUAAUACAUAAACUAGAGAAGCAUAGGUUCGAAUAACACAGGAGUAAAAAUAUUUUAACUAUAUCAAUAGUUCUGGAUUUUCAAGAGCAAUGACAAGUAGCGAGGAUAGAACAAGAUUGAGGAAAAAACUUCCUAAAAAAUUACUAGACUAAAUAAUGUGUUAGAAAGCUGAGAGAUCAAGUCUGAUAGAUGAAAAACUUAACAAGCACUGGCAGUACUUUGACUUUCUGAGAAAUACUAAAAAUGAAGUUAGAUCUCGACUGACUCAUUAACACAAUUCUCCAGCUGAUCCAAGCACUUAUGAUGUUGACAAGUCAAUAGAGCUAAAUGCUCUUAAGUCUGUUCAUCAUAGGUAUAGUUCUUAAGUCUAUGAGAUAAGAAGACCAUCUGCUAUUGAUAGACUCGAUGUUAGUAUUAGUAGGUUAUAAGAGACCUACAAGAAAAUGUCAACUCCAAAUCCAGUUAUGGACAGGCAUCGCAAGGCUUACCAAAUUGUCAAUAUUUGA